UAAAAGAAAAAACCCUAGACACAGCGCCACUUAUAUAUACUACUACUCUAUCCUCAGCUUCUCCUCAACCCACCUUAGAGAAAAUGGCGGUGCCUCUCCUUUCGAAGAAGGUCGUCAAGAAGAGGGUCAAGAAGUUCAAGAGGCCUCAGAGCGACCGUAAGAUUUCUGUUAAGCCAAGCUGGCGAAGACCAAAGGGUAUUGACUCCCGUGUCAGGAGAAAGUUCAAAGGAUGCACUUUGAUGCCAAACAUUGGUUAUGCAUCAGACAAGAAAACUCGUCACUAUCUUCCUAAUGGCUUCAAGAAAUUUGUUGUUCAUAACGUGAAGGACUUGGAACUACUCAUGAUGCACAACAGGACAUACUGUGCUGAGAUUGCCCACAAUGUGUCCACAAGAAAAAGGAAGGAAAUAGUUGAGAGAGCUGCGCAGCUUGAUGUUGUUGUGACAAACAAGACAGCCAGAUUACGUAGCCAGGAGGAUGAAUAGUCUGAAUGUCUGUGGAAGUCACUUAUAUUUUGUAGCUUUCGUUGGGAUACAUGUAUUUUUGCAUUGAGUUUUUUUAUAUAUGCUGCUAUAAAUUGUAGUAUGACAUACAAUUAACAUGAUUUUCUCGUCUUUCUAAAUCAAUUACUUCUCGUUUGAAUUUUGGAAUACGUUAACCAUUCAGACGGUGUCACUUAAAUGAUGAUAUAUUUACCUU